UAUUAAUUACACUCUUCCAAAUCAAAUAUUUGAUUUACACUCUUCCAAAUCAAAUAUUUGAAGAAUUAGCCUCAAAAACUAUAUAUAACAAAUCUAAAAGCUAGCUAUAUCUCUCUCUCAAGUUUAAAACUUGACAAUGGUAGAGAUGAUAGUGAACAUGGAUUGCCCAGGAUGCGAACGUAAAGUGAGAAAGGCCCUCCAAAACUUAGACGGAGUUGAGAGUAUUGAUAUAGAUAUGAACAUGCAAAAGGUAACCGUGACCGGAUGGGUGGAUCAAGAAAAGGUUCUGAAGAAAAUUAGAAGGACCGGAAAGAAAGCUGAAUUAUGGCCGUUUCCAAACAACCCUGAAAGGAUCGUGUUCACGCAGCAGUAUACCGACAUGUACAGUUAUCAUAGCGAUCCGGCUACUUACUUUCAUGUCCAGCAACCAGACAUCUCUAUGUAUAACUACAAUGAACAUGGAUACAGGUACGGGCAGAUUACCAGUACUCAAGAAUCGCCUUAUUCUUCGACAGCUACUUUUGGCGAAAGGGCUAGCGUUGCGUUCAAUGAUGAAAACGUGAAUGCAUGUUCAGUAAUGUAA